ACCAUCGUUGUUGUCAUUUCUACUGAAUUUUGAGGAAGGAAUAGCACUGGCAGCUGUAGUUUGGUCUUGUUCCAGCUCGCCUUUCACUCUAAACAGUUCAUGCACGUCCUGGACAUUUAUUUGGUAAAAGCAAUAAUACGACGACUUGGUUGUAGGUUUGGUUGUAGACCAGACCCAGCCUAGGUGGUGAUACGUGUGGAAUUUCAAAAGGGAGAAGGUCUAGCGGCUGAGGAUGUCUGCUGCGGGUGCUGAAACGAAACGGUGUCCCAACUGCCGUCAAGAUGUGUCCGUGAAUUUGUACGCUACUAUGCACGAGCCUCGAUGCCGUCGUUUCAACAGGUUCUGCGAGCAGUGCAAUGAACCUAUAGAGGUUGCAGACUUUGACCGACACGUGGCUGAAGACCAUAAACAGAUGUCAUGUCCAGAUUGUGGUGAUUGCAUGGAAGGAUUGCAAUUGGAUGAUCAUCAGGAGGAAGAGUGUAGAAAGCGUCUGGUUACAUGCAAAUACUGUGAGCUAGACUGGCAAUGCGACGAGUUACCGGAACACAGCAGCCUUUGCGGCUCUCGUACCGACGAAUGCAGCCUAUGUCACACUCGUGUGCGCCUCUCAGACAUGGAGUGGCACAUGACAGAGAAGCAUGGCGUACACACCUCACACUCGUCUGCCAGCGCAGCAUCAUCACCGCUGCCGAGCACUGGGAAACAAUCGGCCAGCGGCAGCUCGAAACCGUCUUCCACUCACUGUUCUGCUUCACAGGCAGCAGCACAGCCACCGGCAACCGCAGCGGCGUCGUUGAAGCUCUCUGGAAGCCAGCCACCGCAUGCCAAGACCACCACCCCGCCUGAUGCCGAGUGGGGCGUUACCGAAGUGCCAGCCUCCGCAUCAGCCAGCCUGGCUGCUUCAAGCACCAACACCACCACCGCCACGCAGCAAGCAAAGAGACGCGUACCUAGGUCAACUCAACAGACCAAGUCACCACCAGCUGCUGCUGCUGGCAAUGCUCGUGGUCCUGGCGCGUAUGGCAGCUUGUCGGGCAGCGUGACAUCCAGCAGUGUGGCAGCCGGUGCAGCCAACACUUUGUCAAGUUCACAGCUGACUGGCAGCACUAGCAACAGCAGCAGAGCCAGCGCGGCGAACAGCAGAGCCAGUGUUACCAGCAGCACCGCCACCAGCAACCCACCACUAUCUAGCACUAGCAGCAGCAGCAAGAAAACCACCACCAGCAGCAGCAAGAAAACCACCGGCAGUUCGUCGUCCUCGCGAUCCACUGCAUCACUGUCGGGCUCCUCGUUGUCAGUAAAGCAAGCAUCAUCUGCACGCUCUAAUGGCGCACAUGGCUCGACCGUAACUCCCAGCACCUCUAGUGCGUCAAUGGCAUCUAACUCCAGGUCUGGUUUGUCUUGUAACACCCCCAAGCACAACGGGGGCUCUGCUCCUUUUGCUGCUGCUGCUGGACCACCGCCGCAAGCUGACACUCAAAAUGCUGUUGGCGCAUCCUCUACAUCGUACUUUGAGGGUUGUUCGUCCGACCCGAACGAUGUUCCGGUGCCGUGCGAGUUCUGCGAGGUGGAAGUCAGGCUUGGCGACCUGUACACUCACGAGGUGGCAUGCGCACGCCGAGAGCAGCGGUGCACCGGCUGCGGCAUGUCGUUCCGCGGCAUUAAGCUACCACAGCAUCGGCGUACCGGCUGCAGCCGAGAGUUGCAAGCACCAGCGGCUUUAUCGAAUGCAGCAGCAGCCGCAGGAGGAGGAGGUUAUGGUACCACUAGCUUCCCAGGAUUCGUUGAGGAGAAACAACUUAGCUAUCUGUUUGGCACUGGAAUCGAAGGAAUGAAGAAAUCGAAGUCAGGAACUGAGGAUGCCGGUAAACCUGACGAAGUGUACCUGGAUGACCCCUUUCACGCAAAGCUGUUCAUCAGUGAGAUCCUACCAUGGCUUCAAAGCGUGCCACCCAAGCGUCUACUUGACAAGUGUCAGCGGCAGAGUCUCCUCACUUUAAGUGAUAUUCGAGAUCUAUGGCUCACUUUGGAAAAACGAGGCGGUCCAACGCACAAUCAGGCUCUAGUCUCUCUGAUAUUGGCUGACGGGCGUGAAGGCUACAUCAAGCUCUGCAUUGCUGUCAAGGAGAUGGGAUAUGAAAGAAGGCUCGGUCAGAUGAACUCACUCCUGCCACCGGAUAAGCGUGUCUAAGCCCACGCGGUGAGGCAAAGAAUGAAACAGAGUUCUUGGCAUAGCACCACGCUGUAUUGUCUGCGAGUAUUUUCCUGUACUUCUUGCUUUCUAGAAGUAAGCUAGCAAAUCUCUCUCUCUUUUUCUCUCUCCCUCUUUUUACCCCUCGGACUCUCUCCCCCCCCCCCCCCCCCUCCUCUCUCUCUCUCUCUCUCAUUCUCUCUCUUUCUCUCUCUCUCUAUCUAUCUUCUCUUUCUAGUAUCAGCAUCCUCAAUUUCCAUCUGCCGCACUUCACCUUCUUUUCUCCCAUUAUCUUUCACAUAGUGCAUUUCGUAUUCUUCCACGUACAUAUUGUUGUUUAUUGCUAAAUUUUAUUAUUGAGACGUAUUUCCCUGAUGAAUGUCUGUAGAAAACGUGUUAGGAAAUUUUAUUAUCCAUCUUUUAUUUUUGUUGAUUACUACGUCCAAUGUCCGCUUCGCUGAUUCUGCUGAUUGCCAUAACGAAAGAGCUUGGAAGCUCAGGGCCCUACGCUAUGCUGUUUUGCCUUGAUGACCUAGGCAAAAAAAGCAUAGAGAUGUUAUAAAUUUUUCAUUUCUCCUAUUCUCCUUUCAAGACAUAACCUGGGAUUCGAACCCGCACUAUCGCCUUGCAUGCAUCCCCCGAUACACUUCGUAUACAUACUAAUUCUUCCAAGUUGCUUCACGUUAUGAUCUUGCAUUUGAAAGCCCUAUUUGAAUAUUGUGGCCAGCUGU